AUGGGGGGUUCCAUGCUUUUCAUGAUGACUUUAAGUUGGCGAUUGUCUUUAAUUCCGUUUAUUGUUGUUCCGAUUAUUUUGGUUGCUUCCAAAAUUUUUGGUGUUUAUUAUGAUUUUCUCAGCGAAAGAGCCCAAGAAGCCAUUGCCCAUUCUAACGAUGUUGCUGAAGAAGUUAUUUCAACAAUGAGAACUGUUAGAAGCUUUGCUUGUGAAGAUUACGAGGCUGAACGUUUUUACGAUAAAUUAACCAAUACUUUGGGUGUUACAAAACGAAAGUCUUUUGCUUAUGUUAUUUAUCUUUGGGUUUCCGAGCUUUUCCAAACAAUAAUUAAUGUUUCUGUCCUCUGGUAUGGCGGACAUUUGGUACUUUCAGGGCAAUUAACAAAAGACUUGCUUGUUUCUUUUCUUUUAUAUCAAAUGCAAUUAGCUGAUAAUAUUAGACAACUUGGAGAGGUCUGGACAGGCCUAAUGCAAAGUGUUGGUGCUUCACGUAAAGUAUUUGAAUAUAUCGACAGAAAACCGGAAAUAUAUACAAGUGGUGAUUGUAUGCCUGAACGUUUAGAAGGCAAAAUAGAAUUCCAAGGAGUUCAUUUUGCUUAUCCUACAAGGCCUGAUAAUGAAGUUUUGAGGGGCCUCUCAUUUUCUGUAGAGCCGGGAGAAGUUGUUGCACUUGUAGGGCCUAGUGGAAGUGGAAAAAGUUCGUGUAUUGCUUUACUUGAAAAUUUUUAUUCUCCAAAUGGAGGUAAAGUGUUAAUUGAUGGAAUUCCUGUUUGUGAUUAUGAACAUCAUUAUAUACAUGAAAAGAUAGCAUUGGUUGGCCAAGAACCUGUACUCUUUGCUCGUUCAAUAUCAGAAAAUGUAGCUUAUGGUUUAGAUAAAUGUACAACAGUAGAUGUUGUUGAAGCAGCUAAAAUGGCUAAUGCCCAUUCAUUUAUUAUACAAACACGGGAACAAUAUCAAACUAAUGUUGGAGAAAAAGGAAGUCAAAUGAGUGGGGGGCAAAAACAACGCAUAGCUAUUGCAAGAGCUAUAGUUAGAAAACCUGCAAUACUUUUACUUGACGAAGCUACGUCUGCUUUGGUUAAUUUUAUAAACUUGAAAUUAAAUCAGAAUUUAAAAAUCAGAAACUUGAAGAAAUAA